AUGGAUACAACCAAACUGUCUGAUGGAGUUCAUGACAUCUUGCUUCGUGCCAGAGGCCAUGAUGCAGGGCCAGGUUCUGUAAGCGAGCUUCAUCUGAAGCAUUUGUUGGCCUUGAACCUUCGAAAGCUCGGAACUGCGGAGCUAGGCUUUGUUCCCCGGAGCUACGUUCUCAAGGACUUGGACUUUGAAGAGGAGUUUCAGGAGUUUCGUCGCUUCUCAGAAGACUUCAAGAUCUCUCGGGCUUUAGCGCUGGUGAAAUGGGUCGCACAGGAAGGACACGCCACGCGGCAGGUGCCCGAGGUGAAGGACGCGAGCCGCCAAGCCGGGCGUACGGAGGUGGAAGGCUUGUGGGGUCGCGAGCUGCCGGACAUUACUUGGGAUGAUGAGGAGGAUGAGGAGGAUCCGGAAGGUCUUUCGGAUGAAAUCCUUGAGACCUCCUUGUCGAUCCUUGAGGCCACCCUGGCUCAACGGCGUGCUGUUCGAGGCGAGACGCGCCGUCCCUUCGACGUCUCCGCCGCGGAUGCGCAGUCCUGGGUGCGUGACGUGGAUUGGCAACGGAUCCGGCGAGUGGAUUGGGCACGCACGUGGAACACUUCCGUGGGGUCAGAAAUGAUGGAACGAUGCCGGAGCUGCGUCGGAAGCAUCAUGAAAGAAAUGCCUGAGCUGCAGGUCACCUUGUUACACCGGAAUAUUUGGGCUUUGAAGCCCAGUUGUGGACAGUUUGGCCGCGGCAUUCUGCUCUUCGAUCGUUUGCCACUAGACCCCCAGCAGCUGCUGAAGUGGGCCGCGGCGGUGGGGCGGGGAGGACUCAAAGGGGGAAACGAUGUGAAAGAAGGCUGUGUCUUGCAGAAACUCAUCGAGGAACCCCAUUUGCUGCACGAGAACCUAUGUGCAAACUCUUUCUUUGCGUCCUCUCUUCCUGCGACGUUUAAGUACAACUUGCGGAUGAUUGUGCUGGCUACCCUGCGAGAUCCAUGCCGACUUUGGUUGUACAGAGAGGGCUUUGUGAGUUUGGCCAUGAGCCCUUUCACUCCGCAACUGGACCCCUCGAGUCAUAUCACCAACCUGAGGCAGGGAUCUGGAUAUGAGAAGCAACGGCGAUGGCCGAUUCGAGAUUUGGACGCCUAUUUGCUGGCCUCUGGUGCUUCAUCUUUUGACGAGAUGUUUCGACCUCAAGUCAAGAGCGUUGUUUGUUCCCUCUUCCACGCACUGAGCUUAAAGCCAACUUCUCUCCUUACACUGGAUCCCGAUGAAGCUAGUGGGCGCAGCGCGGCAGGGAAGAAGCUGCGACGCUUUGGCUUUGACUUCUUGAUCGACAAGACUGGAACGCUUUGGCUCCUGGAAGUCAACUUUUUGAAGAACGGCUAUGCGCUGGGCCACGCACAAUCGGGGCCAGCAGGUGAUGCAAAGCGGGACUUUGUUCAAGAUUUUAUGGCAGAGGAGACGCCGAUCGUGGGCCUUUCGGAUUGCGCCUCGCGCGACAGCGCGGAUGGAAAGGACAAGAGUCCAUGGGGACCUGGUGGCAUCUAUCACGAAAAGCAGGUGGGCUCCUUGUGCGCCCUCCACUGCGUGAACAACUUGCUGCAGAAGCCAGCUUACGACGAUGGCUUUUUCAGAAUGAUUGCCAUGGAACUCGACCGGGAAGAACGAAGGCUGCUGGGUGGGGAGAACCUGGACUUCGGAAAUGCUCGAAUGGACGGUUUCUACAACGUACAAGUAGUGCAGGCCGUUCUCAACAGGGGGAACCCAAGGGCAAGUAUUCCGAAGUUUGAGAUGCUGCCCAUUUCCUCAGAGGCGGCCAAGGAUUGCAAAGCUCAAACGGCCAAAGAAAACGCCUUCAUCCUGAACAAGAAUGAACAUUGGUUCAGCCUUCGAAGGAUAGGUCAGGAAUGGUUUGACCUGAACAGCUGUCUGCCAAAUCCACAGCACUACACCAAUUCGGACUUGGACUUUCACAUUCGAGAUGCUGUCCGAGAGGGCUACAGCGUCUUCGUGGUGCGCGGAGACUUCCCAAAGACUGCUUUAGAAGAAGAUCACAAGAAGCUUUUAGAAGCUGUUCAAGGUUGUGGGCGACCCCGACAGACGUACAGUCUGUUUGCCGGAUCAGGCCAGACAUUAAGCUCUGGCACCAGUGCCGCCCAACCAACUGCCGCAGCGGCAGCUCCAGCUCCCUCCAGUGACGCAGCCGCGCUGAGGGCAGCUCGACUUGCGCGCUUUGGAGGCGGAGGAGGUCCGGCUCCAGCAGCCCCCUCACCUGAGAGCCCCGCGCAGCCUGCGCCCGCGUCGCCAGCGCCCGCCGCGCCUGCGGCGCCUGCGGCGCCCGCCGCAGCACCAGCAGCACCAGCAGCAGCUCCUCAAGGGACCGCUGUUGGAGGGGAUCCAUCUUUGGAGCAGCUCGUCAGUAUGGGCUUUGACCGGGCGGCGUCCAAAAUUGCGUUGGAGGGCCGUGUGGGGAAGACCUCAUUGCUGCGUCGCUAUGUGUCGCAGUCCUUCGACAGCGACGAGGCCUCAACGCAAAGCGCCGCAUAUCUUGACAAGGUGCUGCAGCUUCGAGGGACGCAGGUGCAACUCUCCCUGUGGGACACCGCCGGCCAGGAGCGUUUCCAUGCAUUGGCACCCAUCUACUAUCGGGAUGCUGAUGGCGCGUUGUUGGUGUACGACGUCACCGAGCCCGAGAGCUUUAGGAGAGUCGCCAAGUGGGUGGAAGAGCUCCAAGUGGCCGGACCACAGUGCGCCCUGGCCAUUGUGGGCAACAAGUGCGACUUGCAGUCCCAGGCGCGAGUUCCCAAAGCGGACGCCGAAAGCUAUGCCAGGAGCAUCAACGCCAGGCACAGUGUGGCAUCAGCCAAACUUGGCCACGGAGUCGAGGAGACUUUUGGUGCGCUGGUAGAAGAUGUGCUGACGUCCAAGGCCACGCGCUCAGGCGCAGGUGGCGGGCGACGCACACGCGGAACCAUUGUCGUGGCGGAGGACGAGCCCGCUCAACGCAAAGGAUGUUGUGGAGGAAAUUGA